AUGGCUCUUGAUGACCCUAGCCUCUGGACACUUUUUCAAGCCGAAUACUCUAUAGACCAGAUGCAAUGCUGGUUAUCACGAUCAAAGGUCUCGCCAUUGCACUUUUCCUCAAAACACGCUCUUUUACAAUCUCAGAACGAUCCAAUCUCUUGCUUCAGCGUCUCGCUCGUGUUGAAACAUCCGAUGAUAUUAGACAGGUCCGACGAAAAGUUGAUUCUUCCACCGUUCAAUGAUGUGGCUGCUAUCAUGUUUCACUCCUGGAAGGCCCGCGUUCCUUGCAUUAACAAUUACUCCUCUGACGGAUCUUAUCGACUAAUCCAUUUAAUCUUGAACCGUCACACGACUUCUCUUGCGUUGCACGACUUUGCUUCCGAAUUCUUCUCCUUCAAUACACCGACUAUGCUUAGAGAGUUUACUAUCACAUCAUAUCGUGGCUAA